UUUCUCAAGUGCAGAAGAAGAGUAAGAAAGAUGAGUCUCAAAGUGUAUGUUGAUAGAAUUUCUCAACCUGCUCGAGCUGUUCUCAUCUUCUGCAAGGUGAACGGGAUUGAAUUUGAGGAGAUCAAGGUAGAUUUAGCUAAACAAGAACAUCGAUUGCCUGAAUACAAAGCAAUAAACCCUUUUGAGCAAGUUCCAAGUAUAGCUGAUGGAGAUUUCAAGCUUUUCGAGAGUCAUGCAAUUCUAAGCUACCUUGCUUGUGCAUCCCCGGGUGUUGCUGAUCAUUGGUAUCCAAGUGAUCUACAGAAGAGAGCUAAGGUUAACUCAGUCUUAGAUUGGCAUCACUCCAGUUUACGCCGUGGUGGAGUUGGCAUUGUUAUAAAUACGAUACUAGGACCUGCAUUAGGUAUGCCUACAAGUCCAGAAGCAGCUGCCGAAGCCGAAAAGGUUUUAACCUCAUCGUUAUCAAAAAUUGAGUCAGUCUGGCUUAAUGAGAGUGGAGAUUUCUUGUUGGGAAACAAGGACCCAUCUAUUGCUGAUAUUAUCCUUGUUUGCGAAAUCAUGCAAUUUGAGCUUUUGCAUGAGAAUGAUCGUAUCCGAGUAUUAACUCCAUUCAAGAAAGUGUUGAAGUGGGUUGAGGAUACAAGAAUUGCAACAAACCCUCAUUUUGAAGAAGUGCAUAAGACCUUAUUCGCAUUAAAGUCAUUUUUCCACAAACUACCAGUUGAAGAAAACCAUGAACACGCGUCAAGCAUCAAAGCCAUGUUUGACAUGGAUAUUGCAACAGAGUUGUAA